AUGGGCAAACAGGAUGUUACUGGAAAAUUUGUUUCUAGGGUCUCUCAAAGUACUGCUUCUAUUCAGAGUUACAAAAGAACUAGAUUGGCUAUAGCUGAAGCUUCUAUGGCUUCUAUGGCUUCUGCCGGCUUCCUGAGGUGUACGCUUCAAUGGACUGAUGCACUCAACACUCUGAGAAACUCUUCCAUGCUCAACACUCUGUUGAACUCUUGGCUGGAGUGCUAUUAUUCCAAAGGUGUCCCUUCUUGCUAUGAUAUACCCAAAUCUGACAAAACACCAAAGCUUGCAAAAGAAAUUCUCACCAAGUGGCUUACUCACAAGAGGGCUAGAUAUAAUCAGGAGAACAAAGACAAAACACUCUUAGCAACCACUGAAGGAGCAAGGAAAUAUGUCAAAAAGGUAGUAGAAACAAAGGAAAGGAGAGCCAUGAAGGCCUUGAGGACCAAAUUUGCUAAAACCCAUACAGAAGCCCUUGCAAAACACAUCACCACCUUCACGGGCACCUACAAACUCCUCCUCGUAAUGGACAAAGUGCAUUCAGAGACUGAGACGGUUCCUGCAACUAAAGAGAAGCCAGCUCACCAACAGCACAUCAAGCUGGCCUGGAGAACCCCAGAACUGGACAAAUUGGUUGAUCUUGCUGAUAAAAUGGCCCCAAAGCAGAAGGGCUUAACCCAGACCCAAAAAACUAACAUCAUGAAGGCCCAGGCAGACAGGGCCAAACAAUCUACAGCAGCAGUCGACCUGGAAAACCAACUUCCACCCAAGGGAUUCCCCAAGUGUUUGAUCAAGGAAGAAUAUUUGAAUGCCCUUGGGGAGCUGGAGGUUGAAGCCCUGGAGCUGUGUGAAGAUCAUAUUGAACUCAAGACUCUCAAUGAGCAUCUGAUGAAGAAGCUUGGAAACAAGAACCAAAUGGAUGUUGCAUCUUAA